CUUCCUUAAGUCCCCUAUUAUGCCGUAGCCCGAUGGUUGGUGCUUGAUUGACAGCUCGAUGGUGUGGGACCGGAAGUAAUUGGUUGCUAUGGGAUAAUGGGGUGGGAGAGUGUUUGCUUCUGACCACAAGGAAACUCAGCAGCAGCUUGGAAAUAGGCUCGUUAGUGAGAGAAAAAAGAGGCGGAUACAGUGAUGCCGCUCAAAGGUUGUGCCGGUCGGUUGAAAAAACGCUGCUAAUACAAAAUAAUUUCGUAAUGGCAGCGGAAUUGAGCGUGAACGCCGUGGGGCAGUUUCUUUCGGACAGAGGAGGGAAAGUGCCGAGUGCCGUGCUGCUGGAACAUUUCACAGUUUUUCUGAACAACCCCAAGACGAGGGCGGACGCUCGAGGGCUGUUCAAAGAGUUCGUGAACAAAGUGGGGCUGGUGGUCCAAGAAGAUGGGGUGAAAUACGUGUGUUUGAAGAAGAAGUACCGACAUCAGAUUCACUGGUCCGAGGUGUCUGCGGAUGGUAAGGAGCAUGGCUGGAAAGACAGUGAUGGUGCUGCCGGCGGUGUGGAAAAACGGGACAGACAAUCUGAAAGAAUCGGCAACAGUUCGUCUACAGAAGGGAGAAAACAAAGCCUAGAUGGAGGAGCUUUGACAGAUCCGCCUACAUCGGUACUUUCCGCGCCAGUCGUUGAUGGUGGGUGUUUGGACAACUCGUAUGAUGAGGGAUGCAAUGAAAGCCAACAGACUGUGCUGUUGGACCAGUGCAGUGCUGAAGAAGACGGGCGAGUUGCAAGGCACUCCCAUGUAAAUGGGGCAAACGAACAAGUUGCUUCGUCAAAUGGAACUCCAACAGUAUCAAAUAUGACCACAGAAAUGGAGAAUCAAGUCCAAACCGAGCAUAAUCAAGCAACGAAAUUGGUGACUGAAUCCAGACAAUUAGUUACUGAUUUGGGCGAAACAUGUCUACAUCAAGACACCAGUAAGACUGUUAAGAAAACGAAAAAUGGUGGCGAUCUACACGCCAAUUUAUUCAAUUCGGGCGAUGAUAGAAAAAGCACUCUAACCUGGAAUUUUCCUGAAAGUACCGCAAAGCAGGCGCCAGAAUCCGAAAAAAUAGAAAACAUUGACUCCACAGAACGUGAUAUUAAGUCAAAGAAUGAAAGUAAAAUGUUAAUUACACCUUAUUGCAACUUUUCACCUGCUGAAGUCAAGAUAAGCCCAGACGUUAAUGUCCGAAGACCUUCCCGAAAGCGUUUACAACGAAGCCUGGCAGUUAGUCGAUCAAGCAGCCUUUUUGAUGAUGGAAACACAAUUGAGGUCUCGACCAAUGCAUCCAGUUCAGCCAGUGAAAGCUUGUUAUGUACACCCAGGUCGAGUAGGAAAAAUUUUAGGGAACUAAUGAUUAGCAGCUCACCCCAGCUAAGACAUAGUGUUGCUUACAAUAACUCUGCUUCCUUUCUAAAUCUUAAACAAGGAGAUCUGGGAUCUGAUAGAAACGAAAGUGACUCCUCUUUGACUUCAAAACUGAGUGAUGAAGAUACAGGGUCAGUAGCACUUGAUCCCUUGGAACAUGAAUGGAUGUUGCAUGCCUCGGAAGGAAGAUGGGAUAGCCUCAAAACAUUACUGACAACUGAUCCCAGUCUGAUCACUUGGAAAGAUUUUGUCACUGGGUUUACAUGUCUUCAUUGGGCAGCAAAACAUGGUAAACCGGAAUUACUGGCAAUGCUAGUCAAUUAUGCAGCUAAACAUGACAUUCCAAUCAAUAUUAAUAUUCGGUCUAGUGGUGGUUACACCCCUCUGCAUUUGGCUGCUAUGCAUGGGCACACGGAAGUAGUGAAACUGUUGUCUGGUGCCUAUGACGCUGAUGUUGAUAUUAGAGAUUAUAGUGGUAAGAAGGCAUGGCAAUACCUCAGCCAAGAUACUUCUGAGGAGUUGAGGAGUCUUAUCGGUGCAUCUAGAAACUUGGACUCUGAAAGCAUGUUACAGAAUGAAAGUGGACGUUGGAGACUGUCAAAGGUUCUUCCUUCCAAUCUGACCCACAAAGUGUCCAGUGCUCUUGAAGAAGAAGCUUAUACAGAUGGCUCAAUCACAAAACCAGUCAGCCGGAAAACCUCGAUUAACAAGAUGAAAUUCAAUCGAAUAAGAUUUAAAACACAAGUCAUUCAGUCUACACCUUCCCUGCAAGGAACAGGUGAUCAUAAAGACCCAAAAAAUGCAUUGAAACUCAGACCAAAGUCGACUAUUUUUGGAUAAAACCAUCAUUAGAGUUUAUAGGAUUCCUGAGAUGAGCCAAAUGUAGUAUAAACAGUUUAUUUUGACUACACUUAAUAAAAUUAUUAAAUCAAUAUUGCCAACUUGAACAUUUUCACUCUCAGUAAAGGAAAUAUUUGGUGCAUAUUUGUUAGGUGCCUUCUAAUGAAUUAUGCUAAUUAUCUGUAUCUAUGUCCUACUCUAAGUAUCCUUUUAGUUCCAAAUUGCACUUUUCCACUAGAGUUGGCACUUAUACUUGACAGAAACAGUCUUCUAUUUUAAUUCAUUGCUGUAGAAUUUCGAAAUACAAUACAUUCACUAGAUAACUGGAGAACAUUGAGAUAGGACAAAAACCCUGUAGACUGUUGUUGUAUAAAAUUGUUGUCAUAGUUAUGUAAUACUGAUGGAAUACCAAGUAAAAUAUUGAGAGACCUGAUGCAUUCCAUUUCGCGUUCAUGGUGACGUUAUAAUGCCUCCAAAUGUUAAUCUAAUAGUUCAAUUGCAAGUAAUUUCAGUGAGUUUUAAAACGUAGAAGCAUUUCGUUUCUGAAAGUCAGCCUUGACUUCACCAA